AAAUGUCUGGUUUCCCAUGAUUGUUCAUGUAAACUAAAUUUAGAUUUGCUUAUAAAAAUCUACAAAGUGACAGAAAGGUAUGCUUAUUUUUGUUGGGUGUUAAAUUCUGAAAUACGAAAGCUCUGAUUUUUAUGGUUAUUCAGUUUAUAGUUUGGUGGAAAAUUUCUCCCUAUUCCUACGUGUGUGUGUUUUUGAGGAUGUAUUAUUCCCUAUUCCUCUCUCCUCAAACUACCUCCCUAAACUACAUCCUCCUAAUGGUUACUUUUGGGGGUGUGUGGUGGGCCCGGUGGCGUAAACAUGCUCAAUUUCCUCCACCACCGCCUCCGUCGCUGCACCGCCGUUGGCCGCUCUCUCUUCCGCCAAUCCACACCUACCUUUUGAUCAGGCUUGUGAGUAGCAGCGGGAGCAUGUGUUCAUUGACGGAGACACGUACAGAAUAAGCUAUUACUACAUUUUCCUCGGAUCGCUUCGCCAUGGAUUUCACCAAUGAAGGAGGCGCGCCUCCGCAGAUAUCAGGCGAGAGAGAUCUCGAGAAGGGCAUCAAAGCAGAGCACUUAUGGCCGCCUCCGUCGCCGCGUGCGCCGGCGUUGGUGGUGUCGAACUCCAGCAAAGUAUUAGGCGCUUCGAAUUCCGCCAAGACUCUGGUGGUGUCCAACUCCGGAAAAGCCCUAAUCGUCUCGAAUUCCGGCAAACGGUUCGAUCAGUCGGGGAGGAAGAAGUACGUGAAGCAGGUGACCGGCCGCCACAAUGAUACAGAGCUCCAUUUAGCUGCACAGAAGGGUGAUGUGGCGGCGGUGACUGAGAUUUUAGGAGAAAUCGACGAGCAGAUGCUUAAGACGUUGCGAGGGGCUGAGUUUGAUGCCGAGGUGGCGGAGAUCAGGGAGGCUGUAGUGAAUGAGGUCAAUGAAUUGGGGGAAACCGCUCUCUUCAUUGCAGCUGAGAAGGGGUGCAUUGAUGUGGUGAAAGAGUUGUUGCCUUAUUCAACCAGAGAAGGGCUUAGGACGAAGAAUAGGUCAGGGUUUGAUCCGUUGCACAUUGCUGCCAGUCGAGGCCAUCAUGAUAUUGUUCAGAUGCUACUAGACCAUGAUCCAGAGCUAAGUAAAACAGUUGGUCAAUCAAAUGCGACUCCUCUCAUAUCUGCAGCAACGAAAGGGCAUCUAGCCGUUGUCAAUGAGUUACUCGCAAAGGAUCCUAGCUCGCUAGAGGUGCGAAAAUCCAAUGGCAAAAAUGCAUUACAUUUUGCAGCGCGCCAAGGCCAUGCAGAUAUUGUGAAAGCUUUGCUAGAGAAGGACCCUCAGUUGGCCAGAAAAACUGAUAAGAAAGGGCAGACUGCUCUGCACAUGGCUGUGAAAGGCGUAAGCUCUGCAGUGGUGAGGAUACUUCUGCAGGCAGAUCCAGCCAUAGUGAUGUUUCCUGACAAAUUUGGUAAUAUCGCGUUACAUAUAGCUACGAGGAAGAAGCGUGCUGAGAUUGUAAGUGAGCUCUUACGGCUUCGUGACACGAAUGUAAAUGCACUGACUAGAGAUCACAAAACAGCACUUGACAUAGCUGAAGGGCUCCCUCUAUCAGAAGAGAUUUGUGAAAUUAAAGACUGCUUGACUCGCUAUGGUGGAAUGAAGGCCAACGAACUAAACCAACCUCGUGACGAACUCCGGGAAACCGUCUCAGAGAUAAAGAAAGAAGUGCACACACAGCUUGAACAAGCGCGUAAAACAAACAGGAAUGUAACUGGCAUUGCAAAGGAGCUCAGGAAGCUCCAUAGAGCAGGAAUCAACAAUGCUACUAAUUCAGUAACAGUGGUAGCUGUUCUAUUUGCAACAGUUGCUUUUGCAGCCAUCUUCACUGUCCCUGGAGGCGACAAUGAUAGUGGGAUGGCCGUGAUGGUGAGCAGCCGGUCUUUCAAAGUCUUCUUCAUCUCCAACGCCAUUGCACUCUUCACGUCCUUGGCUGUCGUGGUGGUGCAAAUCACAGUGGUCCGAGGUGAGAUAAAAUCCGAGAGACGGGUUGUGGAGGUGAUCAAUAAGCUAAUGUGGUUGGCCUCAGUUUGCACCACAGUAGCUUUCAUCUCCUCAUCUUACAUCAUUGUUGGUAAGCAUCAUAGAUGGGCUGCAAUCCUUGUCACUGUCACAGGGGCAGUCACCAUUGCCGGAGUUCUAGGUGGUAUGACGUAUUACGUGGUGAAGUCGAGGAGGAUAAGGAGAGUGCGGAAGAGAGAGAAGUAUUCAAGAAGUGGAGGAAGCUCAUUCAGACACUCUGAGACUGAUUCUGAAGUUAAUCCCAUUUAUGUCAUUUGAUUCCCAUCAUUGGUUCUAGACUCCCUAGUUCUUCUCUUCAAGGACGAUCUCAACACGACGACACACCCGCCGUGUGAGUUUCCGGCACGAAUCAUAUGUUGCACCAAUGGUGCCUGCAAUGAAUCUCUGUAGAGAUUUUUGAAUCUGUCUGAUAUUGUUGGGAUUAAGGUUGAGCUUGUGACAUGAAAGUAACAUAGGAAAAUGAUAGGUUCAAAGAGGAUUUUGUGUCAGCAAAGUGUAACAUAUAAUACAUCAGCAGAAAAACUGAUCAAGAAUUUCAGCCCAGGUUAGUUCCUGAAUGUGUAUUUUCUUGACACUUUUUUUACUAUUGUUCAAUAUGAUUUUAAGUGUAUUAACUUCA